GCGUCAUGCUAGCUGUGAUUUAGGUGGCCUUACCUCACACGGGGUCUGCUGAUAUCGCACCAGAUGCAGCAGAACUAACACGGGCAUGAUGACUAUUCAAUCACUAGUGCCACGGGAGAGGCGAUCUGCGCGCUGGGCAAUUGUCCUUACGACAGUAGACAUAUCGAGCCGUAACGAGGGCGAGUCAAGGGCCGCCGUGACUCCUGGCGCGUUGGUACAUCGUGUGGUUUACGAUAUCGCGCACCUCAAUCCUUGCGCUCUAUUCUCCUCGAGCUCCGACCAUGGCUGAAGAGAGCAAACCCUAUCGCGUUCUGGAGCGAGGCGACAUCUUCUUCUUCUACCGCCCUAAAGUGAAUCGCGAGGAGGCCCAUAGCGUGGACGAAGUGCAGCGCUUCUACAUGCUGCUCCGGCCGCUGGCCGACGGGGAGCGCGCGGAUAAUGAGGAAGGACGGAAGAGGGCGAGAGGGGAAGGUGAGGGAGAUGCAAAGGGGGAGGCAGAGGGGGAGGGGUCAAGGAGGAAGCAGGUGAAGACAGAGGAGGGGGUGGAGGAGGAGGGGGUGGAGGAGGAGGGGGUGGAGGAGAGGAAGCACAGCAAAGAAGAGAAGGAGGAGCAGCAGGAGGAGCAGGGCGCGGCAAAAUGGGCGGGAGGGGGUGCGGAGACAGAGGAAAGGGCAGAUGAGGAAGGCGCGGAGGGGGAAAGGGCGGAAGACAAAAGGCCUCCCCUGCGCCUGCUGGUGGUGGGGCGCAAGCUGCUGCCUGACCCUUCGCACCGCUCUCGACCGCACUGGGGCUAUGUGGAUGCGGUGUCUCACAACGUGGAGGAGAUAAAAGAGGCACUCAAGGGAGAGACCUAUGAGACCAAGACACGUGGCACACGGCAUUUGGCAGCUGCACGGGUGGCUGCAGCAGGGCGAUACCUGAUCGUGAGCCACGUGCUGGGGGACAGGGGAGGCGGGGGAGAGCCGAGGAGCAGCAGGAAGGCGCACACGCACCUGGUGUACUCUCUCAGAUGGCCCGAGGCAGAGGGCGGAGAGGAGCAGGCAGGGGGGAAAGAGGAGGUGGAGGGGGGGGAAGGGGGGGGAAAGGGAGAGAAGGAGAAUCGGGGAGGGAGCGAGGGGGGCAGAGGGAAGGGCGCCGGGCAGGAAGAGGAGGAGGAGAGCCCUCAGGAGGCGUUCAACAUAGAGAGGGAAGCUUCCUACGUGCUGCAGAUCAAGAACCCCGAGACUGCCACCACCCAGAGUGCCUCUUUCAACCGCCCCUCUGUCCGCCUCGAAGCGUUCCCCCUCCCUUUGCAGCACCGCCUGAACGGCCUCCGCUUCGCCCCCGCUGACCCGCCGGGCUUCCUCAACCACCCCGGGUGCGAGGUGCUGCUCAUUGCCGCCUCAGAUGACCUAAAAGGGGAGCUUGGACGGGAGAUCGAGGGGGAUUUGGCGGUGGGGAGGAGCGAGGGUGCGGGAGGUAGGAAAGAGGGAGGUGGGGGAGGAGGGGAGGAAGUGGGAGGUGAGGAGAGUGGGCAUGGUAGUGGGUGUGAAGGUGACGAGUGGAUGGGGUUUGUGAGGGAGGGCCUGGGGUGGGAGAGCGAGCAGCUGCUGAGGCCGAUGGAGGCAGGGGAGUGGGCAUGAGGGAUGGGGAGAGGAGCACUUGUUGAUGGGUAGUGGUGGGGGCUAAAUCCUGCCCC